UUGUAAUAAAACAAUAUGAAAAUUCACUGCAAUUUUUGACGUAUAAGCGACAGAUUCUGGUAAAAAAUUGAUCCUUUGCAGUCGAAAAUUGUAAUCGCAAUUCACAUCACCAGUUUCCUUUUUUGUUUUCAUUUGAGCGAAAGACGUGCAGGUGUCUUGACGAGGAUUAGAGAGAUUACUAGUUGGGUCAGAAUGAAAAAAAGCAGUCAUCAUGCUUUGAUGAUGAGCAUUCAAUCGGUAGGCUUGAUAGAUCUUUAGCGACCCUGAAUGUAAGUACGCUUUCACCGAGAAAAGGAGUCCUCGAGCGAAGGAAGGUUUUAACCGUCAUUUCGGCAACUAUAAACACGCUCAUUGCAAAAAGUACACAAAGCUUGUAUACUCAUCAAUCAAUUGUAGGACAAGGAGACAGGUUUUUUUAAACUCUCAACGCUAUGGAAAACGACAUUUGCUUCAGUAUUACUGGGCUGACAAACCGCCCAAUUUUAAAUUGGUGAACCUAGAUUCACUAACAUAAAAACGCAAGGAAUCGAACGCCGGUUUACGUGUAAAGAAACCUGCUGUUAUUAACGAUAAGUUUGCGUUUUAUGAGGAGAGGGCGCUGAUACGAAUUGAUAAAAUUUCAUCGAAGAAAAGGGACACAGUCAGAUCUGCGCUAUGGCUCACCGCGACAAUUUUACACUUGGCGGCAAUAUCUCAGCCUCGACCAACGCCUCAGCCAACAUCUCAACUGCUGCGGAGCCCGUGACUGUGAAAGUACUGAAAACAUUCUGCUACUGUGUUAUAAUGUUGAUGUCUCUGAUUGGAAACACUUUGGUCAUUACUAUCAUAUACCGAAACAAGAGAAUGCGGACCACUACCAACAAGCUGAUCGCCAAUAUGGCAAUAAGUGACCUUCUCUUUCCGCUCUUUGCCGUCCCAAGAGAGACUGCGCAAAUUUUGAUCGGCAAGAGCAGAUGGCUGGUCGGAGGUGUCGGUGGAGAAAUCUUAUGUAAGAUCGUCAAUUUUUCACAAGACAUCUCGACUGCGGUGUCCAUCCUGAGCUUGGUCGUCAUUGCCUUUGACCGAUUUUACGCGGUAAAAUUUCCUUUUAAACCCGCAAUUAUCACGCCAAAAAUGUGCCGCAUCAUUAUUGUAUUCAUCUGGAUUGUGGCCAUUGGAAUACAUUCUCCGUACUUUUACACUUUCCGAUUAAAAACAGUACAAAACGAUCUAUUUUGCGUGAACGAGUGGGAACCGGCUUUCGACAGUAUUCCUACUCAAAAGGUUUACUUUUUGAUUAUAUUCGUGGUGCUAAUCUCAUUUCCCAUUGCGGUAAUAACGAUACUGUACACCGCUAUUGCCAUUGAAGUUUGGAAGCAAAAGGGGCCCGCCGAGCGCUCUUGCCAAGAGCGACAAAGGCGUGAAUAUGAAAACAGAAAAGUGUUGAAACAGGUCGUGACGGUUGUUGUCGUGUUCGUCUCAUGCAUCACGCCCAUUACGAUAUUUGGCUGCCUUGUACACUUCGUUUGGAAUUUAAAAUUGCCGCCUGAAGUAGACGGGCUUAACUUCAGAUUCAGUGCACUAUUUAUCAUGCACUCUAAUGCGGCGAUUAGCCCUUGUAUAUAUUUCAUUUUUAACAAGAAUUAUCGAAAAGACUUCAUAGAAAUAGUCCAAAGCUACACUCGGAUGUUUAGCGGCGUCAAACCGAGCGCUUCUGACCAGUCAAAACUCGAAUCCAGGGUUGUACAUGCUACAAAACAAAGUACACCUCGAUGUCAAUAUAUUUAAACCCAAUACACUUAUAGCCAUGUAUGAGAUAAAAGCGAAAAGUCUUAUUAGCGGCUUCAAACUUGAAAUCCGCUUUUAGUAAGGUUAUCAAUCCGUAAUCAGCCGAAAGUUAAAAAAAUAAUAGCUUAGGCAGUAACAACCUUUAUUUCAGAAUUUGUCACUAUAGAGAUGGGACAACAAUUCGUGUAUGGUGCCCAAAAGUCUGGUCACUCAAUUAAAGCUGAUUGAAACUGAGCCAAUGUCACUGUGAGGUUUUUAAGUUUUUAUUGCAUUAAAUGAAAAUGUUAAGAACAUUCAUGACCCUAAUUUUGCGAAAUUCCCAUAGCUUAAUGUAGCGUUCUACGUCAUAUCAGGGUCACUUGCACCAUAAUAUUCGUUUUAUUACAAUACAAAUACUUAUUGCUCUCCACAUCAUUACCUUAACGACUCCAGCUAGGACUGUGUCUCCAUUCUUAAACAAUUAGAUUAUGCGUUCGAGCCUGGUGACUUAACUGGCUUCUAAUCCAUGCCUGCUAGCUAUUGAUUCACUGAAAAACUCCAUAAGGUAUACACUUAAGUUAUGACACAUAUAACUUAAGUGAAAAGAAUUAGGUGAGUGAACUUUGGACAAAAACGGAAAAUGAUAAAACCCUUUAUUAAAAAAG